AUGGCAGUACCGGCGGCUUUGAUCCCCCCGACUCAGCUGGUGCCCCCGCAACCCCCAAUCUCGUCCUCCACGUCCUCGGGCACCACCACCUCCAGCGCGACCUCCACCUCCUCUCCGGCUCCGUCCAUCGGACCUCCAGCGUCCUCCGGGCCACCGACGCUGUUCCGGCCCGAGUCCAUCCCGGUGGCACCGUCGGCCGCAAUCCCCUCCGGUGGCAGCGGCGGCGGCGGCGGCGGCAGCGGAGGCGGCGGUGGCAGCGCGGGCACCGGAGGCUGCACCGGCUCCAGCAGCAGCAACUGCAACCCCAGCAGCCUGGCGACCUCGAGCAGCAGCGGCGGCGGCGGUGGCAUUAACGCAGGAGGCGGCGGCUCCUCCAGCGCCCCUCUCAACGCCAGCACCGGCUGCAGCAGCGGCAGCAACAGCAACAGCAGCAGCAGCAGCAGUAGCAGCAGCAGCAGCAGCAGCAGCAGCAGCAGUAGCAGCAGCAGCAGCAGUAGCAGCAGCAGCAGCAGCAACGGCAGCAGCAGCUGCGGCCCCCUCCCCGGGAAACCCGUGUACUCGACCCCGUCCCCAGUGGAAAACACCCCCCAGAAUAAUGAGUGCAAAAUGGUGGAUCUGAGGGGGGCCAAAGUGGCUUCUUUCACCGUGGAAGGCUGCGAGCUCAUCUGCCUGCCCCAGGCUUUCGACCUGUUUCUCAAGCACUUGGUGGGGGGCUUGCACACCGUCUACACCAAGCUCAAGAGGCUGGAGAUCACGCCCGUGGUGUGUAAUGUGGAACAGGUUCGCAUCCUGAGGGGACUGGGGGCCAUCCAGCCCGGAGUGAACCGCUGCAAACUCAUCUCCAGGAAGGACUUCGAGACCCUCUACAAUGAUUGCACCAAUGCAAGUUCUAGACCUGGAAGACCUCCUAAGAGGACUCAAAGUGUCACCUCCCCUGAGAACUCUCAUAUCAUGCCACAUUCUGUCCCUGGCCUCAUGUCUCCUGGGAUAAUCCCACCAACAGGUCUGACAGCAGCAGCUGCAGCAGCUGCGGCUGCUACCAAUGCAGCUAUUGCCGAAGCAAUGAAGGUGAAAAAAAUCAAAUUAGAAGCUAUGAGCAACUAUCAUGCCAGUAAUAAUCAACACGGAGCAGAUUCUGAAAAUGGGGACAUGAACUCAAGUGUUGGCAGCAGUGAUGGUUCUUGGGAUAAAGAAACUCUGUACUCUUACCCACCUCAGGGAUCUCAGGCUUCUGUUACUCACCCCCGCAUGUCUGGAGCGCAUAGUCUUCCAGUUAGUCAUCCUCUCCACCAUCUUCAGCAAAGUCAUCUUCUGCCAAAUGGACUGGAACUUCCUUUUAUGAUGAUGCCCCACCCUCUAAUUCCUGUCAGCCUACCUCCAGCAUCUGUCACCAUGGCAAUGAGCCAGAUGAACCAUCUCAGCACGAUUGCAAAUAUGGCGGCAGCAGCACAAGUGCAGAGUCCCCCAUCCAGAGUUGAAACAUCUGUUAUUAAGGUACGUGUUCCAGACAGCCCGUCGCCUGCCCCCUCUCUGGAGGAGGGACGAAGGCCUGGCAGUCACCCAUCAUCACAUCGCAGUAGCAGUGUGUCCAGCUCCCCAGCACGAACCGAGAGCUCUUCUGACAGAAUCCCUGUCCAUCAGAAUGGGUUGUCCAUGAACCAGAUGCUGAUGGGCUUGUCACCAAACAUACUUCCUGGUCCAAAAGAAGGAGACUUGGCUGGUCAUGACAUGGGGCACGAGUCUAAAAGGAUGCAUAUUGAGAAAGAUGAGACCCCGCUUUCCACACCAACCGCAAGAGACAGCCUUGACAAACUUUCUCUAACUGGGCAUGGACAACCACUACCUCCAGGUUUUCCAUCUCCUUUUCUGUUUCCUGAUGGAUUGUCUUCCAUAGAGACCCUUCUGACUAACAUACAGGGGCUAUUGAAAGUUGCCAUAGAUAAUGCCAGAGCUCAAGAAAAACAGGUUCAACUAGAAAAAACAGAGUUGAAGAUGGAUUUUUUAAGAGAAAGAGAACUGAGGGAAACACUUGAGAAGCAGUUGGCUAUGGAACAAAAGAACAGAGCCAUAGUUCAGAAGAGGCUAAAGAAAGAGAAGAAAGCAAAAAGAAAAUUACAGGAAGCACUGGAAUUUGAGACAAAACGACGCGAGCAAGCAGAACAAACAUUAAAACAAGCAGCUUCAACAGAUAGUCUUAGGGUCUUAAAUGACUCUCUGACCCCAGAGAUAGAAGCUGACCGCAGUGGCGGCAGAACAGAUGCUGAAAGGACAAUACAAGAUGGAAGACUGUAUUUGAAGACUACUGUCAUGUACUGAAUCUUUCCUGUUGAAGAAGUUCAUAUUGUUAUAAAAUUUUUGCAGCUAGACAUUCGUCAUUGGAAGUGUGAGGAAAAGAAAUUAAGACCUUUUGAGGGAUCUUCCUCAUUUUUGUGUAUUGAUGUUCUUUGAAAGUUUAAGUAUUUAACAACAGCAAAAAUUUCCUCCAUUGAUUUUUCGUCCGUGGUUUAUGCCAGAUACUUGAGAACUUCUGUAAAUGUGCAACUAUCACACUUCUUACUAUUAAUAACUGCAACAUUGCUGCUGGACCCUUCUAUACGGAGUUACUGACAGGUCUGGAUAAGACCUAGCUUUGGCUUUUUUAAUGGAAUAAACCAUUUUUUUCUCUUCUGAAACCUCUGUCUCUGAGCACAUCAAUAGACUCUUGUAACAGUGGUCAUCCAAACUUAUAGAAUUAUGUCCUCCAGAAACCAGCAAGAACAGUUGGAAAUGAGCUUUUGUGGGAGGGGGGAGGGCAUAAAGGAUACCUUUUAAAGUCUGAAAAUAAAAAAAAAAUACUGUUCUGUUACAUUCAGUUUUAAACUCACAGUCUACUUGUGGGUUUUCUUCGAAGAUUUUUUCACAUGCUUUCCAAAGACCAACAAAUGGAUAUCAAGGACAACGCAGUGAAAUGUCAUUGUGCAGAUAAGAAAAGAAGCAUUGAAUAGAAGUCAAAAGGUUUCAUUGAUGGUCUUUUUUCUUAAAAAAAAAAAAAAGAAAAUACAAAUGUGACAGCAUUUUCAUUUCAAACUGGUAGUGGGAUAUAGAACUAAAAAUAAAAAAGGGUGCUUCUUCUUCAAACUGUUGGUCAAAUGUACAGUAUAUAAACAUAAACAUACAAGGAAGGUAUUAUGUAUGCUGUAGUCUAAUAGAGUUUAGGAAAUGAAACUUUAGAAAUAUGUUUUGUCACCCUGUUGGUCAGAAAGACACCUUUCUGGUUUUAACGCAUGCAGGCAUGUAAAUAUUUGUCUGGAGUCGCAGUAUUAAUGAAUGAGAUCAUAGGUAUCUGGUGACAUCAGAACUCUGUCUCAGUCACUUUUAUUUGUAUAUUGAACUCUAGUUAGUGCCCCAAACAGCACUAAUAUUGAAAACGAAUUGUGGCUGAACAGUAAAAUCAAAACACCAGAAAUAUUUUUAUAUGUUAAUGUCAUAUUAUGUUAAUGUUGCAGAAAAACAAAACCUAACAAGCCCUUGAUGUGUCGGUCCGAUACCAUGUAGCACUGAAUGGUAAAGAUAAAAUGUAUUGUGCUUCCCACCCUGGUCAGAGGGAAGGGUAGCUACCUGUUAUUUUCACUGUCUAUUUGGAAGUUACAGUAUGUGUUUUCACUUUUGUGCAGAUAACUGGAAGUAAACUGCAAACAGUGCUUAUUACAUGCUGAAGUUACCUUCUCUGUGGUUUUACCUAUAUGAAGUCACACCUUUAAAGACUGAUAUUAAGAACCAGUACAGUUGCUGUACAUUUUAUGAUUUUGCUGUCAUCUUAA